GGUGUAAGGGCGUGAGCGAGCUGCUGGUGGGCGCGCCCGCUGCGACGUUGCGGAGGCUUCAAGAUGGCGGAAGCCCUGACAACUCAGGAGCAGCUGGCUGUGGAGGAGUUCCUGGGUGAGGUGCGAAGCAGGGAGCAGCCUCACAGCGCUGCGCUUGUGUCCCAACCCACAGCUGUGAAGUUUCUUAUGGCCCGCAAGUUUGACGUCUCCAGAGCCAUCAACCUCUUCCAAGCAUACAAGAACACAAGAAUUAAAGAGGGCAUCAUCAAUAUCAACCCUGACGAGGAGCCCCUACGCUCCGAGCUGCUGAGUGGGAAAUUUACAGUCCUGCCUGGCCGCGAUGCUAAGGGUGCCGCUCUAGCGCUCUUCACGGCUCGUCUGCAUCGGUCAGACGUCACCACCCACAAAGCUGUGCUGCAGGCCAUCAUCUAUCAGCUGGACAAAGCCAUAGAGAGCGAACAAACUCAAAGAGACGGACUCAUAUUCAUCUACGAUAUGACCAACUCCAGCUAUGGCAACUUUGACUACGAGCUCUGCGUCAAGAUCCUCAAUUUGCUGAAGGGGGCGUUUCCAGCUCGUCUUAAAUGUGUCUUCAUUGUGUCAUCGCCUCUAUGGUUCCGAGCCCCUUUCGCCGUCCUCCGCCUGUUUGUGCGCGAGAAGCUGAGAGAGAGGGUGUGCACGGUGAAAGCUCACGAGCUGGCCAGUCACAUUCCAGUCUCCUCCCUCCCCGAGCACUUGGACGGGAUGUCCCAGUACAGCCACGUGGCUUGGAUUCAGUCCUGCGUCAACACGCACACGAACAGUGUUCCGGGCGACAUGCAAGAGCACGAUGCGCAUGACUGCGUCGGGAGCCUCCUGCGCUCCUACAGCUUAGAGUGCAGCAACGCGAGUACGAGCGCCAAGCCGCCGCACGGCCACAUCAGCGGGCAGUUGGGUUCCGAGUUAGUCAUGGCUAACUCGAACUGCUACGACGACAGCAAUGCCAACUCGCACAACCACUGCAGUGUGUCUGAGGGCAGGACUCAAGGCCUAGGUCAGUACCAACCGAGUCCGCAGUCCGCCCCCAACAGGCCGCAGGGGAACCACCAACACUGGAACGGCUCAGCAGGGAGCGGGGCUGGCAUGGCCGGCGGCAGCUUGAGCCCCAACGCCAACAUAAACGGACGUGGCCGCCAAGCCCCUCCACAGUCUGACACGCCCCCCGACACGCCGCUCUCCCAGGUAGGCGAGGGAGACGCGGUGGACGGGAAGGUAACGGAUUCCGCCCGUGGGUCUCAGAAUGUUGACGUGAGGGAGGAGGAGGAGGACGACGAUGACGACGACGACGAGUUUGCCGACGAGGAGGAGGAGGAGGAAGAAGAAGAAGAAGAAGAAGAAGAGGAUGAUGAUGAUGAGGAGGGCGGCCAGGAAGUUGAAGGGGUGCCUCCUUUGCCCCAGAAGUCAUUGCCUCGCCCGCCACACCAGCCGCCCUCCCAUUCCCCCUCCCAGUCCCCGCCCCUGUCUUCGUCGUGGGGCGCAGAUGACGAGGGCGGCUGCGUGGAGGCGUCUAUUCACGUUCCAGACCAGGGGGGCAUGACGGUGCACGAUCUAGUGGAGCACGUGAAGAGGAAGAAGAAGAAGGGAAUUUAUCAGGAGUACGAGGAGAUCCGGAAGGAGCCACCGGCCGGCACCUUUGACUACUCCAAAAAACUGUCCAAUCAGAUAAAGAACAGGUACAGCGAUGUGCUCUGCCUGGACGGGUCACGGGUGCGACUCUGCCAGCUCUGCGAUGACGAGGAUGAGACAUCAGAUUACAUCAAUGCCAGUUUCAUGGACGGGUACAAGAGGAGCAACGCCUACAUUGCAACUCAGGGUCCUUUGCCCAAAACGUUUGGAGACUUCUGGCGCAUGGUGUGGGAACAGAUGGUACUCAUCAUCGUCAUGACCACCAGGGUGGUGGAGCGCGGUCGGGUCAAGUGCGGCCAGUACUGGCCUCUGGAGGAGGGCCGGACCGAGCAGCAUGGGUACUUCCUGGUCAGGAACACGCACAUCCAGGCGUUUCAAGACUUCAAGCUCUCCCAUCUCGAACUUUACAACACACAGUCUGGAGAGAGACGGGAUGUGUGCCACUACCUCUACGUCAGCUGGCCAGACUUCGGCGUGCCCAAAAGCGCGUCUGCCAUGUUGGACUUUCGCGAGCACGUACUUCAAAGGAGGGAAGCUGCAGUCCAGAACCUGGGCUCCAGUUGGACGGGGCCUCCGGGGGGCCCCCCUGUGGUUGUCCACUGCAGUGCCGGCAUUGGCCGUACAGGCACGUUCUGUACCCUGGACAUCUGCCUGUCCCGGCUGGAGGACAUCGCCACGGUGGACAUCCGCCAGACGGUGCGGCGCAUGCGCACGCAGAGGGCCUUCAGCAUCCAGACUUGGGAUCAGUACUACUUCUGCUACACGGCGGUCAUCGAGUACUCUCAGCGCCACGGGAAGCUGAGCCCAGUGCAGUGGUCCGACUCCGACCUGGAGACUGACAGCGAGUGAGGGAGAGAGAUGGGGUUGGCCGACCUAAGCCGAAGUCAUAGGGAGGAAAGAGCGAGGAAGGACAUUUCAGAUGACUCUCCUGCCAUAAAAGAGAAGAGACAAAAGGAUGGAGAUCUUGUUUUGUCUCUUUUGAUGUGACGAUACAGACUCCCACGGUUGCUCCUCCUUCACGUGAACGGAUCGCGGAGGAGUUGAAGAGCCGGAGGGGGAAACAAAAACAAUAAAAACAUACAGGGAGUAGAGACUGCGCGUUGUGUCAAUGUUAAGCAAGCUGUCCUACCAAUUUCCGAGCCCCAUUUUAGUUAGCAAACUACAGGGGGGCGGGGGGGAGGCGGGACUUGGCCUGCCCUGAACCUGGCUCGUUGACAAGAGAGUCAUACGAGUUGUAGCAUUUUUAUAUUGACUUGCCCAUGAGGAAUGACAAACUUGAACCCCUUGAAGCCCUCCAAACCCUUUUUUAUUUUGUCCUUUCUCGUUCCUUUUCGACCCCUCAACACGUCUGCGAUCGCAGAUCAUGUGAUUGGGUUCAAACUUGAAAACUUGUUUUCUUCCUUUUUAAAGAGGAAAUGGUUGUUUGUGAGCAAAUGGUCAUAAGUGACCGUAGAUCAGCGUGAGCCAUUUAGUCCAUUUGUUUGUUUUCCUCUCCUCUUUCUUUUACACGUCCUUUUUUUUUCUUUCUUUUUUUUCUAUGGUGCAUUUUCUACGUGUGUUUCAUAUCGGUGCAUAUGUAGACUAACUUUUCAAAGCCAAAGUCCUCACCCUGAAUGCUUGGAUGUACUCCUUACUGAGAUAUUAUAGACUGAAGCUAAUGUAUAUUCUUGUAACAUACAUUAUUGUGGGUGACUGUAGCUCAGUGGUGAGCAGGGUCGUCCUUCAAUCCGAGGAUCGGCGGUUCGAUCCCCGGCUCCGCUAGCCCAUGUCCAUGUGUCCUUGGGCAAGAUACUUGACCCCAAAAUUGCUCCCGUAGCUGUGCCUACGGUGUGUGUGAAUGUUAGUUAGUCCUGAUGCCCAUCAGUGUGUGAACGGGUGAAUGAUGUCAUGUAGUGUUAAAGCGCUUCGAGUGGUUGGAAAACUAGAAAAGCGCUUUACAAGUACAGGUGCAUUUACCAUUAUUGUGCAUAAUAACAACCUCUGAGAGAAGAGCAAGAAAAAGAAGCCUUGUUUAAUAUAAUUGACUUAACAGUGAGAAUAAAUAUCUAUGUAGCGAGCCAGGCUGUGACAAAAUACAGAAGGGAGUUCUGGUAUUAAAACUGAUAUCGUAUUGCAAUUCGGGUGUGAUUUGUCAGGUUUAACAUCAUCUUUACUGUUGGAGCGUUCUGAUUGGACGAUCCCAAGUAAUUUGGCCUUAACUAGAUUCACUGCCUCGUCGUUCUCAGACCUAAACCAUACCUGAAACUGUAAACUUGUAUUCCCCUUUUUCGAAUCGUACUCCCUAGAUACAACCGUUGCGUUUGAUUCUCGAGGCCUCUUCUGCCUCAUACUUGUGCCUUCGAGUCCUCCUCAGCUUAACGUCUCGCCGGUAUAGUAAUAACACCCAAACGAGUGCACUUGAGUAUCGCACACGCUGACUGUGUGUCGCGCAGGACACCCACAUUUUGCCUAAAGUCCUGCACGUAGCGCGCUGCUUACAGAUCCCAUGGAAGCAGUGCGUUAUCUGGGAGCGAGUUCUGGUUCGAGACUCGGCUAUUGUUUUAUCAUUUGACCUCAGGGGGUAACUCUAGUGUUGUUGUUGUUGUUGUUGUUUUGCCUAGUGUCCAAGAUCCGUUUCUGGGUUUGACUGGUGAAUUAUCAUUUAAGUAAAAAAGAAAAAAAGAAGAAAAAAAACUAUAUUGACUUUAUUUUGUAUUUUUUACUGUAUUGUAUCCUACUAUAUUUAUGUCUUUGUAAAGCUUCUACAAUAUUGAAAUCGGUGAAUAUUGGUACGACGCAAUGGAGAAAAACAGUCCUAGUAUUUGAUAAGCUGAACAAAUCAGAUGGGAGAGGGAGUGAAAUAUAUAUAUAUAUAUUUUUUUUUGUUUUUGUUUUUGUUUUUCACAAUGAGAUUUUUGGUGGAAAAUGUCACUUGCCAUUGUAUUUUCAGAACUGACUUGUAUAAAUAGUGAUCGUUCAAUUCCAGGACAAUAAGGGGCGGGAAGGUUGGGGGGAGGGAUUUUAACUCUGGGAAGUUAGCGUUUUUAAGACAGUGUAUUGUUAAAUACAGUAAUAACUACAUUAACUUAUUUUACUGUCUGGUACCCAAUGCCAAGGACAAAGCAAAAGAGAGAUAUCAAGAGUAAAGGUCGCUGCCAUUUCUGUUCACAAAACCCCAGCUUGGUGUCUAUUAGUAAAAUAAAAAAAGAAUAUAAAUAUAUAUCUAGAAUGGGUUAAGGUUCAUCACCAUGGAAAACGAGCCUUGAAUGUUUUAUUUUGAGGGGUAAUGGCGUCCGAGCAAUUUAGUCAAGACAGACCUGGGUAUUGUUGGUGAAUGUGGACCCUGCAUCCCUCAAUGCCAAAGGCCCCGGCUCGCCCUGAAGGUGUGUCACAUCCUCAGCAGCCCAACUCGCAUGGACCCUACCAGUGCAGCCUUGCAUCCACGGACACGAGAGACUUCGGGGACGUUUGUGUAUAGACACCAAAUGGGAGAAUAUCUCUGUGUGUGUGUGUGUGUGUGUGUGUGUGUGUAAAAAGUCUUGGUCCCCCUCCCUAAUGCUAAUUUUCAUUUGUUGUACGAGAAACGGAGAAUGCAAACGUGCAUUUUGUUCACCGGUGUUCAUUUAAAUGUUCCUGUUUGUGCUUUUUUUAAAAAUUUUAUUUAAGUUCUCGUAAUUGAAUUCUGGUCUUUUUACAUGCUGUCGGCCCGGCUGUCCUAUUAAAGCAACGGUAUUACCAUCAUCAACGAGUUCCAGAGCUAA